GGGCGCUUUGCUGGCCGAGGGGCGGUGGAAGUGAGGGCGCGUCAUCGGCCGGCGCCUGGCGGGAGCAGGUACGUGGAGGCGCCGCCAUGGCCGGGAUACUCUUCGAGGACAUCUUCGACGUGAAGGACAUCGACCCCGAGGGCAAGAAGUUCGACCGUGUGUCCCGCCUGCACUGUGAGAGUGAGUCCUUCAAGAUGGACCUCAUCUUGGACGUGAACAUCCAGAUCUACCCUGUGGACCUCGGGGACAAAUUCCGCCUGGUCAUUGCCAGCACCUUGUAUGAAGAUGGCACCCUGGAUGAUGGCGAGUAUAACCCCACGGACGACAGGCCGUCCAGGGCAGACCAGUUCGAGUACGUGAUGUAUGGCAAGGUGUACAGGAUUGAAGGGGAUGAGACCUCCACGGAAGCAGCCACGCGCCUCUCUGCCUAUGUGUCUUAUGGGGGGCUGCUUAUGCGGCUGCAGGGAGACGCAAACAAUCUGCAUGGUUUUGAAGUGGAUUCUCGAGUUUACCUGCUGAUGAAGAAGCUGGCCUUCUAGGAAACCUGCCUCUGUGGGCUGCCCCAAAGACAUUCUGCUGGCAAGCAAACAGGAGCCCUGUGACCCCAAAUCCAGCAGGAUGUCCCAGAGCUGGGGAGGAGGGAGAAGUCCCCUCUUCAUCCCAGCUUCUUCUGACUCCUGCUGGGAUCCGCAACCGCCUCUUACAAGGAGAGAGGUGCCUGAUGGCCAAGUGGAGACUGCUGUGUGCUCCGCAGUCCUGCCUGCUGGGAGUCUCUUCACCUCUGCCAUCCCGUGCUUCAACAGCAGGAUCAGCCCUGGCUCUGGCCAGGGCAGCUGGACUGGGACAACUGCCUGUCUGCCUCGAGGCUGGGGACCGUUUCCUAAGGAGCCAUCCUGAGGCAGGCCAGGCUUGUUCUUCAUUAAACUAGGAUGCAUUUUCUA